AUGCUCGACCCGGAUUAGUUAGGAUCAGUUGGGACUGAGAUGGGUUCAUGGAUCAAUCUUCCCUGCUGAAUGGUUGGAGGGGUUUGGGCGGGGGGAGGGGGUUCACAUCGUGGAAUAACUGGUCGUCCUAACAGCGGCUGACCCAGUGGUGCAGGGAAUCACAGCAGGAGACAAUAUGAGGAGACACUGUGUUCUCAAACAUGGGAUACUUAAGGAAUUCCUGGCGGAGUUCCUGGGGACCUUCGUCUUGGUGCUGUUUGGCUGCGGCGCCGCGGCCCAGACGGCCCUCAGCAGGAACACCCUGGGCGAGCCGCUCACCGUGCACAUCGGCUUCUCCCUGGGCCUCACCAUGGCCUGCUACGUGGCGGGAGGAGUCUCAGGGGGUCAUGUGAACCCGGCCGUCUCGCUGGCCAUGGUGGUCCUUGGCAAACUCAAGAUCUGGAAGUUCCCCAUUUACGUCCUCGCACAAUUCCUGGGUGCCUUUGCCGGGGCGGCAGCCGUGUUCGGCUUAUACUACGACGCCUUCAUGGACUUCACCAGUGGGAUCCUGUCAGUGACCGGCAUCAACGCCACAGGUCACAUCUUUGCCUCCUACCCUGGACGACACCUGUCAAUCCUGGGCGGCUUCCUCGAUCAGGUCAUCGGGACCGGGAUGCUCGUGGUGUGCAUCCUGGCCAUCGUCGACGGGGGGAACAUCGGAGCCCCUAAGGGCGUGGAGCCGCUGGCCAUAGGCCUCAUCGUCAUGGCCAUCUCCGUGUCCAUGGGGCUCAACUGUGGCUACCCCGUGAACCCGGCCCGCGACCUGGGCCCGCGCCUCUUCACAGCCGUGGCCGGCUGGGGCAUGGAGGUCUUCAGCACCGGCGACUACUGGUGGUGGAUCCCAGUGGCCGGGCCCCUGGUGGGGGGCCUGGUUGGUGCGGCCCUCUACUACCUGCUCAUCGAGCUCCACCACCCCCAGCAGCCCCCCCCCUCGAGCCCCGAGGAGCCGGAGAAGACCCCGGAAGAGGAGGACGAGGAGGAGGAAGAUGAGGAAGACGACAGUCUCAAGGACAAAUAUGAGAUGAUCGCCAUGAGCUAAGAAGUGUUGCUAUCAUAUAACAUCAUACCAUGAUGACAUAACAUGAUGACAUUACAUUAUAACAUACCAUUAACCAUAACCAAGAUGAUCACCAUGAGUUUGGCAAUAACAUCACAUAAUAACAUAAUGGUCAUGUAAUAUAUGUUACAUGAAAAAGAACAUGACCAUGAGCAAAUUGUUGUAGCACUUACAUAGGAACAUCAAUUUACAUCCUAACGUAUUAACAUACAAUGACAAAGUAGCAUGAUAACAUUAUAAUGUUACUAAGAUGAUCGCCAUGAGCUAAACGGUUUUGCAAUAACAUAACAUCAUAGCAUGCCAUUAUAACAUAGCAUGAUAACAUACCAUCGUGACAUAACAUAAUAACAUACCAUUGUAACAUUACAAUCUAGAUGAUCCCCAUGACCUUAAUGGUGUGGGUAUAACAUAACAUUACAUUAACUUAUAACAUAACAUAUUCACAUAACAUUAUAACACCACAGCAUACAAUUAUAACAUACCAUGAUAACAUAACACCACAACAUAACAACAUAACAUAACACCACAACAAAGCAUCAUAACAUACAAUUAUAACAUACCAUAUAUUAACAUAGCAUUAUAAUGACACAACAUCAUAUUAUAGAAUAACCAAGAUGAAUGCCAUGAGCUACACGAUGUGGCUAACAUAAUAUCACACAAUAACAUUACUUCGUACCAUACCAUAAUAUUAUAUCCGAACAAAUAAACAUAAUGUCAAGACAUAACUGUGAUGAUCACCAUGAGUUGGACAGUAUGGCUAUAACAUAACACCAUAAGAGACCAUUAUAACAUAACAUUAUAACAUACAACAUCACACCAUGACAUCAUACCGAGGUUUAUUGCCAUGGGUUAAACAUUGUGGCUAUACAUAAUAACAUAAUAACAUAGCAUUGUAACAUAACAUAAUACAAUAUCAUUAUACAAUAACAUAACUGAGAUGAUCACCAUGAGCUAAAUGGUGUUGCUUUAACAUAACUUCAUAACCUACCAUUAUCACAUAACAUAAUAACAUACCAUUAUAACAUCAUACCCUAAUUGAUGACCAUGAGCUGAACAGCAUUGCUUUAAAAUAACACCAUAAUAUACCAUUAAAAUAUAAGAUAAUAACAUGACAUAACUGAGAUGAUCUAGACAGUGAGUCUAUAACAUGACCCCAUAACAUCAAAACAUACCAUAAUAACAUGAUAUAACCUCAUAACAUCAAACCUAAGCUGAUCCCAACUGAAAAUUGUGGCUAUAACCAUAACAGUAUUUGAACAUAAAAUGAUAACAUUAUAAAAUAACAUUAUAACAUAACUGGGCCUAUCUUGCUAACAUAACUAUGGUCACACUCUGCUUUCUUAACAUGCUCUCCAGUUCUAAAUCGGUUUGAGUUUAUUUUCAGUUACUGACGAUUGCGCAAACUUUCAACAAGACAUUGUGCAUAAAAUACAUUUUCAAGACAAAAGUCUGCAACAAAAAUGUUGGCUCAAUUCAUACUCCUUUUGUUUUUCAAUCUCAGAAAAGUCCUGAAUAUCUAUUGUUUAAGAAGAUUUGUGUUGUAAAUACUGUCUUGUAAAUAAGAGUGAUAUGUGGAAUAGCCUGCACUAGAAUGCACUAGAUUUGAGAGCAGUCAUUUUCUGACACAUGAUUGUGGUUCCUAUGUUAUGCUCAUCUUGUUAAUAUGUGAUAUUUAGGACUGUAGUGCUCUAUUUACUUGCAUGCCCUUUUCUCUGUUGUGGUUAAUCAUUUAAAAAUAAUUCCCUGACGAGGUCUAUCUUAAAGAGUCUUGCCUUAAUAAAAAAAGGGUUUGAAAUUAAUUUAUUCUUUUAAGUAUGUCAUAUGUCAAAUCAUGGGCCCCAUUGACCUUAACCUUACUAAUAAAAAACAGUUUGGUAUAACAUUGCCAUCAGUGACAGACUGCAUCUUCUAAUGUUGAUGUUCAUCUUAUGUAUGUAUGAAGGCCUAAAGGAAAAUAAAACAUAUAAAAGUA